GCAUCGAACGGAACUAUAACGUUCACAUCUUCCCAGACACAAUUUUAUCUGGAACCGUCGUGCAUCAGACGGAAUUAAAACAAAACUGUAUCCGGAAUCGUUCGAUUUUCGGACAAAAUUGUGUCCGGAGAUAUAUUCUAAAGUUUUGUGCUGGUCCCGUCUCCUCCUCUCACCGCCAAUCUCAUGUGAUCAGUUAUAUCCUCUCUCUCUCUCUCUCUCUCUCUAGAAAUACUAGGUUCGCUGCAGAUCCAAACACUCACUCGCUCUCUCUCUACAAUUGAGCUCUCCGUGUGAAGAUAUUGAGGCCUUUCGCUCUCUACCGCAUCUACGCUAUACUGAAGGGGGAAGGCCAUGUAAGUUAUCAGAACUGUACUUUGAGCUUCGGAUUUCAAAAUUAGCUUGUUUGUUGUAGUGGGGUUCAAACAUGGGAAAGUGCAAGGGAUGCGGGAAGUUAGGAAGAAUGGUACCGAGAGAUGGGCUUGUGAGUGCAUACCAUUUUUCUCUCCUGCUUUCUCCUGUUGUUUCUGUUUGGGAGUGCAUUAUUCGUAAGAUGAGGUACUCCUUCAGACCUGAGUGGGUGUAGUUUUAUAUAUCGACCUUGUACCCAUUUCCAAGUUUUCAAUUAACUAGGAUUAAUUUAGUAACCAGGUAAAGGAAAGUGCAAUAUAAUUAGAGAAUAGAUUAUAGAGAUAUGCAUACAUCUUAGAGAAAUUAACCUGAAGAGAAAGAAGUCGAAAGCAAAUAAACCCAGUUCAUAGAUAAGUUGAUACUUGUAGUGUUAGUGGACACAUGGAAAGUGCCAAAGUGCCACCAGGUGUUCGAAGACCAAAGAAGACACAAGUAAAGGAUGAGUUAGAUCGCCUCAAACAGGCUGAGAAGAAAAAGAGGCGGUUGGAGAAAGCCCUGGCUACUUCAGCAGCCAUCCGUACUGAGCUAGAAAAGAAGAAACAAAAGAAGAAAGAAGAACAACAGAGGCUUGAUGAGGAGGGUGCUGCAAUAGCUGAGGCAGUUGCUCUGCAUGUCUUACUAGGUGAGGACUCGUGCGAUUCAUGCGAGAUAAUGCUGAAUAAGGAUGAGGGGUUCAGACCUUGGGCUUGUGCUGGCAAAAUCGACUUCUUCAUGGGUGGAAGGCAAGUGGUCCUUCCUCGUGAGGACCUCUCGGAACAUUCCUUCAAAGGAAUUAGGUGGGUUUCUAGUGCUGAUGGAUCUGGAUGCACGUGGAAUGAGUGGGGAAACAAUGACUUGUCUGUCUCAUCUGGGCCCUUCUUGGGGGAUCUUUACACGCCAUAUUCUGAUGAGAGAGGUUGGGAGACUACAGAAAUAUGUGCAGGUCAUAUUGCGGCACAGGCUGUUGCGUCACUCCAAAUUGCAGAAGAUGCAAUUGCUGACCCAUAUAAGUUUUAACAGAAUCUUGCUGGUUAAGACGAGCUGCCUCAGUUUUACAGUUAUGUAGCCUUGUAUCAUUUUCAUCUUGUUCAUAUUGGCAUAAUGUGCUGUAUAUAUUUCCUGUGCACAAGAGUGUUCCUCGAAUUGCAUUCGAUGCUUGUAUCCUGAAACGGUCUGAUCACAUGGUUUUUAGUUUUCAUGGUUUGUUUGGGUAUUUCUUAAA